AUGGAGGGCUGGAAUGUCAAGCCAGUGGAGGAAGCUGCUGCCCCUUUUUCCUCGGACUUGGAGGGGGAACAAGAAGUAUCCGAUGGACACAACAGCCAGGAGGAAGUGACUACUGACCGCAAUCCAGGACUCCAGCGUAAGCGAUUCAAUGAGACACUGCGCAUAACCCGCAUCCAGAGGCACCAGGGCGGCCGUUAUUACUGUAAGGCUGAGAACGGCCUCGGCACACCCGCCAUCAAAUCCAUCCGAGUGGACGUCUACUAUUUAGAUGACCCCAUUGUGACGGUCCAUCAGAGUAUAGGAGAGGCAAAGGAGCAGUUCUACUAUGAAAGAACAGUGUUCCUGCGGUGUGCUGCCAAUUCAAACCCUCCUGUGCGGUACAGCUGGAGACGGGGAAGGGAGUUCCUGUCUCAAGGUUCGGACAAGGGUGUGGAGAUCUAUGAGCCAUUCUUCACCCCAGGUAAGACAUUAGCUCAGAUGUACUGUAUUCACUGCAGUAAUGUAAUUUGGAGUAGACAUCACAGUUAUGUCACUUGCAGCUGUGCGCGCAUUGUGGUGGCAGAAAAAUGCUUGUAACAAGCAGAGGGAAAUGGGUAAAAUCCAUGAAAUAAGAAGAAAAAUUUAUUGUGGUGCCUUUAGAUGUCAGAAUCAGAAU